CUGCGGCGCGCAGUGGACCGGCCGCCUCUCCUUCCCGACCCCCACGGGAAGUCGCGCAGCGCUCGGCGGGCGAGGAGGACGGACCCGUGGCGGAGGUGCUGCGCCGCCCGCCUCCCCGAAUGAAAUGAAAUGCUGAGAAAUAAAGCUUUCCUAUUCUGAUUUGGAUCUUUAUAAUGGGUAUCGGAAAGUCUAAAACGGAUCCCUGCCCUCUUUCUCUCUCUUGGGGUAGAAGCCACAGUGUGGAUAUGAGUCAAAGACAUCACAAGUCAGAUUCCAAGAAAUCUGAAGAAAUCUCCCUGAGUAAUGCUGCUGCUCAUAGCAAUACAGCGGAGAUGCCAACAGGGGAGCAGGAGGGAGCCAAGGGAGUGGAGGAGAUGCCAGAAGAGGAAGAAGAAGAAGAGGUGUUCCUCAAAUUUGUGAUACUGCAUGCUGAAGAAGACACAGACGAAGCCCUCCGAGUCCAGAAUCUGCUGGAAAAUGACUUCGGCAUCAAACCUGGAAUAAUCUUUGCUGAGAUGCCAUGUGGCAGGCAGCAUUUACAGAAUUUGGAUGAUGCUGUCAAUGGGUCUGCCUGGACAAUCUUAUUAUUGACCGAAAACUUUUUAAGAGAUACCUGGUGUAAGUUCCAGUUCUAUACGUCCCUCAUGAACUCUGUUAACCGGCAGCACAAGUACAACUCCGUCAUCCCCAUGCGGCCCCUGAACAACCCCCUGCCCCGAGAAAGGACUCCCUUUGCUCUGCGAACCAUCAACGCCCUGGAGGAAGAAAGUCGUGGCUUUCCUACACAAGUGGAAAGGAUUUUUCAGGAUUCUGUAUAUAGGAUACAGCAAGCUAUAUGGAAAGAGACCAGAAAUAUGGUACAAAGGCAAUUUAUUGCCUGAGAUGGAACACACGACACACAGCAGGCUCUUGUUUUGUGAAACAAAUGAUUUAUCUUCACUUGAGAAAGCAAAUUUCUAGGAAAAGUUUAGAUGAAAGAGAACCUUACUCUUACAGAAACUUACGGAGCCCAAGAAAGAUAAAUUUCUGCAGGACAGUCUAUAGACUGUGGUACUUUUCGAUGUUUCCAUAAACUUGAAAUUGUCAGAGUUUCAAUAACUCUGUUUCUUCUCACAGUUUUCCUAGUUCAUGAUUACAACAAAAGAUAUUUUAAAUUCAUAUUCCUCAUAUUGAACUUGAUCAAAACCUUUUAUGAUAGACAUUUAAAAAAUACAAUAACACUUUGAUUUUGUUCUCAAAGGAACCGCAGGAAAAAAAUGGCCUCGAGAGAUCCGACCGCCCUCACUUUCGAGGCACCUCUCAUGAAUGUUGCAAUAAAGCGUUCCCGGUGUUGUCACCCAGAAAUAGGGAUAGCCAGACUAGAACAUUUAGAAUGUUGAGUGCGGAAAAAUAUGAAACCCAAAAUAGAUGUGAGAAUGGUAGGGCUCUUUAAAAGAAGCCAAUCAAACGUGUUUCCUUUCUCUUGGAAUUUGUAUAUUUGGAGGCAGUUGCCACCACUGAAAAGUGGCCCAUUUGAUGGUAUUGUGGUCAGGGACUUCGUGCCUGGUGUUGACAUGACCCCUGGAGCUGGAAGCUCUCCAUUGUUGGUCAUUGUGUGUGACCAGGAGCUUCUGAAAGGUGUAUGUAUCCUUGGUCAGAUGUUCUCCUUUAAAAUCAAUAACCUCUCCUAUGGCAGCUGUUAAACAUUCCUCUCUCACACAAUGCCCUAUCAAGGAAAUAUUUCUCAGCUAGGUGAUCACAGAGCCUGACUCUGUGUGUGUGUGGGGGGGGGGGGAUGUUGUAGGUCACUUUCAGACUUGGGAUAGAAGUGGGAGAUGCGUUUUCUGGCAUCCUCUUCUAGUGCCCCACACUCAUAGCAAACCAGGGGCCCCAAGAGGACCGGGUCCUGUCUUUCACAACCCUUCUGCCCCAGCUGAGGUUGAGGGAGAACCAUCAGAUACAGACCAGGGACGAGGCGGAGUGUGAAUCAGGUCACGUUGUAAUGAGAAAAGCAGCAGAUGGGGAUCAGGAGACCUGGUGGUUCUAGCCCAGUCUCUUUCACUGAGGAUGAAUGGGACCGUGGGCAAGCUAUUUACCCUCCUUUAUCUGUGAAAAGAAAGGAUUGGAUUGAUGAAUCUGUAAAGGCCUUUGUCCUCUCCCAGAAUGUGAAUAACUAGGAACCAGAAAAGGGAACAAGCAAAAAAAAAGGUAGAAUUGUAUAACGUGAUUUUAUAAUAUAAUAGAUGCAGGAGGCUUCAUAUAUAUGCUCACAAUGAAAGGCUAUUGUAUAUGUUUACAGUGUAAUUGAUUUCUAAUGCUUCCCAUUACACUUUUAUAGUCACAGAAAAAUAUUACAAUACGUGCUUACUCAGAUUUUUUCAUUUUUAAAAUUUUUUCUAGGGACCCUUGAGGAAAAACAUUCUGCCCUGUUUUUCUUUCUCUUUAUUCCCACUUCUCCAUAUCCCCUACUAACACUAGGGUCAGCUCACAGCUUUCUACAGUCCGCCUCUUCAUAGUCAUGAAUCAACACGUUUCAUAAUCCUACAAAUAAGUCAAACUUCCCCCACUACUAGUACUUAUCAAAGAUGAGAUUCUUCUCAUUGUGUGGUGAUUUAAAGUUCCCUUCUAUCAUAUUAGCGUACUACUCACUUUUUUUUUCAGUUCUAAUGAUAAGCAUUCAUUUUUUUUUUUUUUUGCCACACUGCUUCCUGUAUCUCCAAUUUCAUAUACAAAUAAAACAUUAACCACCUGCCCUGCCUGCCUGCCAAAGUUGGAGCAAUUAAUGCUGGAUGGUAAUUUUUAAGUAAGUGUUUUUAUUUUUUACCUUUGACUAAUAAGCUUGAUUAUUUCCAAGUCCAGUGAAGAUUGUGGAAAAGUGUUUUGAAAAGAGGCAUCAAUCUGUACUCCUCCACAGAGCACCAGGCGCAAUGUCUCACUCGAUUUGGAGUUACAUAUAUAUAUUUUUAUGAUGAAUAAAAAUGUUAAGUACUGA